AUGACUCAAUCGGCGAAAUCACCGCUGCCUCAGGAUCACCUCAAGCCCUUUCCUCCAGUCUCACCCACGCCAUCGCAGCCUGCCGCCGAGCCAUUGGACAACGCCCGGGCCGAGGUCAAUCGCAAUGGGAACUCCGACACAACUCCCUCCGAGCCCAAUGACCUCCCACCCCUCCCAGACGUCGUUUCACGUAUCCACGCCCGCGUGAAGUCCUUCUUGGCCGAGACACACCCACCAGAUUCCCUGCUCGCCUCGGUGCAGCGCCAAACCCGCAUCUCACUGGACGUGGUGUCAAGCGCGCUCAAGCGAUACAAACUCUCCGAACUCUCCGUUUCCUAUAAUGGCGGCAAGGAUUGUCUAGUCCUUCUCAUUCUUUUCCUGGCUGGGUUACACCCUGAAAAUAACACCGAGGCCCAGAAUACGGAAUCCGAAGCCCAAAUAGCCGCCGCAACAUUUAUCCCAUCAAUCUACGCUCUGCCGCCAGACCCGUUCGAUGCAGUUGAAGACUUCGUAGUCACUUCUGCCGAAGCAUAUCAUCUCGCUAUAACAAAGUACACAACCUUACCGCCUGCGUCAACACUACGCUCCAGUUUUGAGGAUUACCUGACACGACACCCUGGCAUCAGGGCGAUAUUCGUUGGCACUCGGCGGACAGAUCCGCACGGGGCGCAGCUGACCCACUUUGACCGGACGGACGGGGGCUGGCCCGACUUUAUGCGGGUGCAUCCUGUGAUUGACUGGCAUUAUGCGGAGAUUUGGGCGUUCAUCCGGCAUCUGGACUUGAGGUAUUGUUCCCUCUAUGACGAGGGAUACACGAGCCUCGGAGGAACAUCUGAUACGCAUCCCAACCCUAAACUGCAGAGUGAUGGGGAUUACCUCCCUGCGUACCAGCUGACGGAGGAUGUGGAGGAGAGACUUGGGCGGAAUUGA